AAAGACAAACACUUCCGGUAAAGAUUGCUGAGUGUCAAAACACGAGAAUAACGUAUGGUUCAAUGGAUCGUGACUAGGCUAUUUGUUACACGCAUAAUUUAAAGGUGGAAUCGAAGAGCCUUUGUGUUUCGAGGCAUUUUUAAGAAUCUACUGGAGGUUAGCUUUAUUGUAUGUCAUCACUGCGGACUCUGUUGCGACCCGUUAGCGACCUGAAAGCGCUGCUUGUCGGUGUGAAUCGGCCCAGCCUCUGUCAGGGGUACACAAGGAGCAGGUUUGCCUCCACAAUGUUUAAAAAUGAGCAUGUGAAAUCGUUGGUAGAAGAUGGUGACAUUGUUAAAUCCGGUCAGGAUAAGCGAUGCUAUCGGGGCCUGCAGCUGGCUAAUGGGAUGAGGGUGAUGUUAGUCAGUGACCCAGAAACAGACAAGUCUUCAGCAGCAAUUGAUGUCAAUGUUGGUUAUAUGUCUGACCCCAGGGAAAUUCCUGGACUAGCACACUUCUGUGAACAUAUGCUCUUCCUGGGCACAGAAAAGUACCCGGAAGAGAAUGAAUAUCAGAAGUUUUUAAGUGAGCGGGGUAGUGCCAAUGCGUUUACAUCAUCAGAAAACACAAACUUUUACUUUGAUGUGACCCCUGAUAACCUAAGUGGAGCAUUGGAUAGAUUUGCUCAGUUUUUCUUGGCACCUUGUUUCACUCCCAGUGCAACAGAAAGGGAAGUCAGUGCUGUUAAUUCUGAAAAUGACAAAAACUUACAGAAUGACCCCUGGCGCCUUUACCAGUUAGAGCGCGCCACAAGUGACCCAAAGCAUGAUUACAGUAAAUUUGGCACAGGAAAUAAAUAUUCUUUGGAAACAAGGCCAAAAGAGAAAGGUUUAGAUGUCAGAGAAGAACUCUUGAAAUUCCAUUCUUCUAACUACUCCUCCAAUUUAAUGGCCUUAACUGUGAUAGGCAAAGAAUCUGUUGACGAGUUAGCUGAGAUGGUCAUUCCUUUGUUCUCUGGUGUUGUAAACAAGAACUUGAAGGUGCCUGAGUGGUUAGAUCAUCCUUAUGGACCAGAACAACUCAAGUUGAAGGCCUCUGUUGUGCCUGUGAAGGACAUUAGAAACCUGAAUAUCCACUGGCCCAUUCCUGACCUCCAGCCUUACCACAAGUCCAGUCCAGGUCAUUAUCUGGGGCACCUGAUAGGACAUGAGGGACCAGGAAGCCUUCUGUCAGAGCUCAAAUCCAGAGGCUGGGUGAAUACCUUAGUUGGAGGGCAGAAGAAAGGGGCUAAAGGCUUCAUGCUCUUCAUGUUGUUUGUGGACCUCACAGAAGAAGGGCUUGAACAUGUAGAUGACAUAGUGACACUAGUUUUCCAAUACAUAAAUAUGCUGAGAAAAGAGGGUCCCCAAGAGUGGGUGUUCAGAGAGUGUCAGGACCUAAAUGCUAUGAAGUUCAGGUUCAAGGACAAAGAAAAGCCACGAUCUUAUGCGACGCUUCUGUCAGGUCUGCUACAGGAAUUUGAAAUCUCAGAAGUCCUGUCUGGCCCUUAUCUGCUGGAAGAAUUCCGUCCUGACCUCAUUGACAUGGUUCUGGAUAAACUGACGCCUGACAACAGCAGGAUUGCAGUUGUUGCCAAAAGUUUUGAGGGAAAAACUGAUCUAAAGGAGGAGUGGUAUGGAACAGAUUACAAAGUUGAGAAGAUCCCAGAAUCUGUAUUGCAGGGAUGGAAAAAUUGUGGUUUCCAUGAAAACCUCAAACUACCUCCCAAGAAUGAGUUCAUUCCCACAAACUUUGAUCUUGCACCAAGAGUGAAAUCAGAGGGCAAUCUUCCGGAAAUUGUCAAGGAUGAUGGAAUGUCACGGCUGUGGUUCAAGCAAGAUGAUAAGUUCCUCCUGCCUAAAGCCUGCAUGAGUUUUGAAUUCACCAGCCCGUUUGCGUACAUGGACCCAGUUCACACCAGCUUGACCUACUUGUUUGUGGAGUUGGUGAAGGAUGAACUGAAUGAGUAUGCCUACGCUGCUGAGUUGGCUGGUUUACACUAUGGCCUGAGCAGCACCACAUACGGCAUGUUUCUGCAAAUUGCUGGGUACAGUGACAAACAGCACGUCCUUCUGAAGAAACUGAUGGAGAAGAUAACAAAGUUUGAGGUUGAACGCAAAAGAUUUGAUAUCUUGAAGGAAUUGUAUGCUAGAAGCCUGCGGAAUUUCCAUGCUGAACAGCCUCAUCAACAUGCUGUCUACUACACCACAGUGCUCAUGUCAGAACUGAAGUGGACCAAUCAGGAGUUACAGGACUGUAUAGAUGAGGUGACGUUUGAGAAUCUGAAGGCUUUCAUUCCACGCUUGUUGUCAAAACUCUAUGUUGAGGCUCUGGUCUACGGCAAUGCCACUAAACAGCAUGCUGUGGAGAUGUUGGGAAUUGUGGAGGGCGUGCUUAAGGAGACAUGUCAUACUAAACCCCUGGUACCCAGCCAGUACAAGAGAUUCAGAGAAGUACAGCUUCCUGAUGGUUGUUACUAUGUGUACAAGAAGACAAACACAGUACACAGCAGCUCCUGUAUAGAGAUCUACUACCAGUGUGGACUACAAGAUACUAACAGUAACGUCUUACUGGAGCUCUUCUGCCAGGUGAUUGGGGAGCCGUGUUUUACAGUGCUCAGGACUAAGGAGCAGUUGGGGUACAUUGUGUUCAGUGGUCUGCGUCGCCACAGUGGUGUCCAGGGCUUACGUGUCAUCAUCCAAUCAGAUCGCGAGCCAGCAUACCUGGAGAGUCGAGUGGAAGCUUUCCUGCACAGUAUGGAGACGUGUCUGCAGGAAAUGAAUGAUCAGGAGUUUGAGCGUCAUGUCAAAGCUCUGGCAGCCAAAAGAAAUGAACUGCCCAAGAAAAUGUCUGAGCAGAAUGGCAGGUUGUGGUCAGAGAUCCUCUCACAACAGUACAACUUUGACAGAGAUAACAUUGAAGUGGCACAUCUGAUGACGUUGACGAAGGACGACUUGUACAAAUUUUAUAAGGAGAAUUUAGCCCAUGAUGCACCGAAAAGACAUAAGUUGUCCAUCCACGUCCUGUCAACAGCGCCUCAAGAAAUUAAACAAGAGGACACAACUCUGUCAGCACAGAAUGUUCAAGAUGGUCUACUCCCAGUGCCUUCCCUUUGUGAGCCAUGUAUAAUCACAGAUGAGCAUGCAUUUAAGAGAGAGCUGGGACUGUAUCCACUGGCCAAGCCAUUCAUCGACAUCAAAGCAAAGUCCAAACUGUAAUGAGACCGAAAUACAAUGAGGAAGCUGAUUGGUCAACUUGAUCUCACCUGAAUGGUCGGCGUGGUCUCCUCAGGGUGGAGUAAACAAGAUUUGGCAGGAAACAACUGACAGAAUAACUGGCCUUCUUACAAUGCCCUUACGGCAGACAUUCAUGGUUGUAUUGCACGUGUGUAGCAUUUCCUCUUUAGAAAGAGAGAUAGGCAUUUUAAGCUAAUAAGGUACAUUGAUUUGGCAGAAGCCAGAGCACAAGGUAGAGAGUGCAUAAAUCAGUGCCAAAAUUAUAGAAAAUUUUUAAUGUAUGUAGUCUAAUUCAAAAUGUGUUCAUAGCUGUUAAAUUACAUGUAAGAAUUUUAGAACGUUUCUUAAAAUCCCCUAAUACAGAUUGCUGAGCAGUAGAGAGACCUAAGCCUCAUAUUGCAGAAAUAUUUUGGCAAGUUUUCUGGCCUGUAGAAAAUUUAGAGAGGCAGACUGUCUCCGUAAAUGAAUUUAAUUUAAUGAUUAUAUGUAUGCAGAUCUGUAACUUUAUCAAAAUUCAAGGGUAGGCCUA